AUGCGUGUUCUCUGCGGUCUUCGAUAUGACGAUCUGUACGACCUGGUGUACGAUCUGGAUGUGAAGGAGGCGCUGAAUCGGCUUCUUAGACAAAUCGUCGAUGUGAGGAAUCAGCUCUUUAAACGCGCUCUGGACCUCUCCAUGAAGCAUGCCUACCUUGCAGAAGAUCUCCAGGGACAUGGCAAAAGAUUUCCAGCACCGGUAAAAGUGAUGGUGCAGGCACAAGAUUGUCUCCUUCAUAUGGGUAUCACAUCAGAAAAUGUCGCUCAUUGUUUUAGAGUAACGAGGCGGGAACAGGUUCAAGUUGCAGUAAGUUCAUUGAUGAAAGGACAAGAGGCGGUGCUGAUGGUGUUUGAUAAGAUGAUCAAAUUGAUUACCAUAUACCUUAUCAUAUCAAGAGGGGACAUGACUCGUGGUGGUCGAGUUGCUUAUCACAUGACUGUAAGGCAACUUAAGGCCCUCAUCCGGCUAUCGGAAGCCCUUGCUCGGUACCAUUUUCAUACUAAGGUCCAACCUCGAUAUAUACGUCUUGCAGUGGCAUUGCUCAAGACAUCAAUAAUCAAUGUGGAGUAG